AUGAAAUUUGCAGAGCAUCUACAAGAAUCUAGUAUCCCUGAAUGGAAUGACAAAUAUUUGGAUUACAAAUUAGGUAAGAAAAAAUUAAAACAAAUAAAUAAAAACUACCAUUUCGAUCAAUUAUCCAAAUCAUCACCUUCAACUUUUACGGACAUAUCCGCAUUAUUGUCAUCGGGUACUAAUCAAGGAAAUAAUAGAGAAAAUUAUCAAACACAAGGAGAUUCUACCGCUAAUAGUAUCUCUAGUAAAAAUUAUACAAAUGAACAAUUAAUAUGCAUUAAAAAUUUUAUUGAUAAUUGGGUUAUAUCCACUGAAUUAGUUAAAUGUAACGAAUUUUAUUUAUGGCAACUAGAGCAUAUUGCUCACAGAAAGUUCACUGCUUUGAAAACACAGGUGAAGAUAUUUAAAAAAUUGAAAAAAAGCAAAGCUAAUAAAUUGAAUAACAACGAUACAGGCAGUAAAUUUAAUAACAACGCCGAUAAUAUUACUCGAAAUAAAUUGCAUAAAAAUAAAAAAAAAACGGAUCAACAUAAUAAUUGCACCGCCAUUCAAGACCCUCUUGGCAAUACUAUUGAUGACGUUCUUUAUUAUGACAGCAUAACAUCUAAUACUUCAUCCACUUCACCAAUUCGAAAAGCAGUAACUAAAUUAAUUAAAUCCUUAGAUGAAAUCGGUCUGUUACCUUCCUUGCCCAAUUUAAAUGAGUUUCCUUCGUUAAAAAAAAAAUUGUCCUUUGGUAAGGACGGAACCAAAAAUGCAGACUCUUAUUCGAAAGAUACACACACACCAUAUGCAAGAAAUCAAGAAACUUUUUCCUAUUCAAAAAAACAAAUAUUAAAACAACUGUCAAAUGCAAUCUCUGAGUUUUAUUUAUAUCUGGAAUUGUUGAAAAGUUUUAGAAAUAUAAAUUGUAUGGGUUUCAGAAAAAUUGUCAAAAAAUUUGACAAAACUUGUAAUACGCAAGAAUUAUCCCAUUUUAUGUCUACAAUAUUGCCACAAUACGAAAUAUAUAAAGAUGAACAAAAUAUCAAUAAGAAAGAUGACCCAAUCACCUUCUGGGAAUCUCAGCUAAGCGUAUGGUACGUUGAUACUCUAAGUAAAGAUUCAAAAGACCGUAAAACAAGGUCACGUCAUUUGGCUAGUAUGACUCUCCAAUCCUCCAUUAAUGAAUUAACUGUACACAAGUCAAACUCGGCAACUGCUCAAAUGUUUAUUAGCGGUAUCAAUAUGGGUAUUUCUUUGUGUAUUAUUAUCCUAGCUUUAUACUUAGGAGCAACAACAGCAAUGGAUACCAAUCUACACAAGAUCCUGUUGCCUAUAUGGGGCGGGUGGUACAUGAUUGGCUUAGUUGCUGUUAUGUUUAAUAUUGAUUGUUUCAUAUGGUUCAAGAGCAAAAUUAAUUACAGAUUUAUUAUUUUUGGUGAAACAUUGACCACUUCAAAAUUCGGUAUUUCCUUGUUUCACAAUGAUUUUACAAGCACAAAAAUCCCUGCACAACUAUAUUUCUCCACUUGUGUUCUAAUUACAUGUUGUAUUUUCAGUUUUAUCAGUUUGGUGCUUACUAAAAAAUUGGAGCCUUGGUCCGAUAUUUGGCCAUUUGUUCUAAUUUCAUUUUUGUUAUUACCCAAGGGCUUGCCCUUUUUAGACAUGUUACACAGUUCCAAGUCAUGGCUCUUGAUUACCAUCAUCAGAUUGAUAGGUUCUGGCUUUUAUCCAGUGGAAUUUGCCGAUUUUUUCCUCGGCGAUAUUGUUUCCUCUUUGACUUACUCCAUGGCCGAUAUCGCACUAUAUUUUUGUAUAAUAUCAGGAAAUUCACAAAAUUGUGGCUCAUCAAAUUCAAAAUCGAUGGGGGUUUUCACUUGUUUGCCGAGCUAUUGGAGAAUGAUGCAAUGCUUUAGAAGAUACUUCGAUUCCGGCGACUGGUUCCCCCAUUUAUUAAAUGGAUUUAAGUAUGCAAUUAGUUUGAUUUAUAAUAUUUGUUUGACACUGUACAGAUUAAACAAAGAUGUUCCAAUCUAUAGAUCGCUUUUCUUUGCUUUUGCCAUACUCAACUCCACUUUCGUUUCUAUUUGGGAUUUAGUUAUGGACUGGUCUCUUUUCCAGCAAAACUCCUCAAAUUUCUUUUUAAGAAAUGAUUUAUAUUUGGCUGGUAAGAGAAAUUGGAAAACUGGUAAAUAUUCCAAGAAAGGUAAAUUGAUCUACUACUUGGCCAUGAUCGAAGAUGUGCUUAUUAGGUUCCAGUGGAUUGUCUAUGCAGUAUCACCUUCCGGUAUCCAGCAAAAUGCAAUGAAUAGUUUGGCUAUCGCAUUUGCUGAAAUUUUUAGAAGAUUUGUCUGGGUUAUAUUCCGUAUAGAAAAUGAACAUGUUGCUAAUGUUCAUCUAUUCAAGGUUACGGGAGAAACUGAAUUACCAUUUAAAAUCGAUGAAGUGCUGUCAGAUGGUUCCAUUGACUGGGAUCCCUCUGAACAAGAAAGCAUUCAAGAACAAUUAAGCCAGGAAGCUAUUGAGAGAGAAUCGAUCGCCGAUGAUGAAAUUCCGUAUCCACUUUAUCCAGCUGCAAUCGAUAUUGAGAGACCUCCAAAAGUUCAUAGGAGAUUAUCUGCCUUUGAAAUGGUGACGAAGAGUAUUCCUUGGGCACACACAAGCGAUUUUCAAAGGCCAAGUUUUUCUAGUCUGAGGAUUGCACGUAGUAAGAACUACCUACAUCAUGAUGAUGACGAUGACGAUGACGAUGACGAUGACGAUGACGAUGACGAUGACGAUGACGAUGAUGAUGAUGAUUAUGAUGAGGAUGAUGAUUAUGAUGACAACGACGAUGAUGACCUUGAUCUUGACCUUGAAAAUGAUGGCAAUAUAAGCGAAAGUGAAAUGGAAUCUAUAAGAUAA